CAGCUUCAACUUUUGAGGAAAAAACAUCAUGGAAGACAGUGGCAACGGCAGCUCCUACGGUUCUCCAGCACCAUCAGAGCUAGAAACACUACAGAAACAGCAUGUGGAGAAAACAGUGAAGAUCAAGGAGCUCAAAAAGCAAAUCGAAGCGCUGAAGCUUCGUGUCGAGAAGUCGAAGAUGACGACGACGACGGAAAAGACACCGGCGGCAAAGAAGCGUACGGCAGAAGAGAGAAGGGAAGCUUUCAAGAACCUAAGCGAGAAAUAUAACAGCCUGAGCAAGGAAUAUAAUGCUUUAUUGAGUGAAAGGUCAAGGGAGCAUAAACCAACUUAG